ACCUUCUCGAAUGGCAUUGGAGGAAGCAUUUACCUCAGAUUUUCUCUUCCAAUGGGGUUUAAGAAGUCGAGGAGAGGAUUCGAGGAAAUCCUUUUUAGGGCAGCAGGUAGCCUAGCCGUUAAGAGUGUUGGGCCAGUAACCGAAAGGUUGAUGGUUGGAACCCCCGAGCUGACGAGGUGUAAAAUCUGUCCAUGUGCCCUAAUUGCUUCUGUAAGUUGCGCUGCGUAAGAGCAUCUGCUAAAUUACUCAAAUGUAAAUAUUUCUUCACUAUUUUCUGAUCAGUCUAUAUCCCUCUAACAUAUUAACACUCUCUAUUCCCUUUCAAUAGAUUCAUAUUUACUAGGUUUAGUCAGAUUCAUUUCUUCAGAGAAUGAAAACCUGGUUGAUAUACCAUUACUACUUAUUAAAAUAUGACCGGCUGUCAUUUUUUAGCUUUGUGUAUGUAUUAAACUUUUUUCAUCCUCUCCAGUGUCUCAGUUCUACACCUUGUUCCACUCUGGCCCUCUGAUAACCUGGUGCCCAAAAUGGAGCUCAGGGCUCUCUCUCCUGCCAAGUCCCCUGCUCACUCCCCACCUUGCCCUUCUCCUACUCUGGCCCCUCGGUGUCUUCCGAGUCCCAAGGAACCAGAGCAUGAUGUGCCCUACUUCAGGUGAGGGUUAAUAUGCGAAACCAAGUCAACAGCUAUGUUCCUGACUCAGACUAGUAUUGGUGUGUCAUGUGAAUGUCUGUCCGUCAGGUCAGUGGUAGUCAGUGAGACAGAAUUUUGUCAGCAGUGGGAGCCCAGGGUGGAUGUUGCCUCUGUCCCUGAAGAGAUGUGUGACCGUAUGCGUACGGCGGUGGGCCACGCCAGGCUGCUGAUGAAGGAGAGGUUUGGUCAGUUCUCUGGCCUGGUGGAUGACUGUGAGUUGGGCAGAAGAUCACCACCUGCAAGGCUUCUGGGACAUGGUGUACUACCAAGUAGAGGACGUGAACAAGAAGUUUGGUGCUCUGAAGGAGGUAGAGUCUAAAGGUUGGCAGGAGGAAAGCAAACCCCCACGACAGAGGAAGUUGGUCAAGAAGCUGCCCUCUGCUCUGGUGGCUAAGGCUACCAGUGGUGCUGUCGCCAAGUCUCGUCUGGCUGCAAUAAAGGCCAAGCAGCAGGCUGCAAAGGCAGCGCAGGCCGCAGGGCCAGGCAGUGCUGUGGACGACCCUGCUCCAGCUCCUGAGGACCCCCAGGCCCCAGAACCACUGGUGGUGGUGUUCCAGGUGGAGAGUCCUGCCAAACUCACAGGCUCUGUGAGGAGAUCCACCCAUGUAUCUGCCAUGCCUCAGGCCUGUUCAGUCACCAAGUUCUCCACCCCCGGCAGACCUCGCCACUCCAGCACUGCUGCAGCUGCACACACUUCCCCACUUCACCCAUACCACUACCUGCUCCACCCUCACCCCUGCCCACCUGUUUAAUGCCACCCCACUCCGAACCCCUCACCCUGAUCCUCAGUUCUACACCCCGGCCCCUACCAGAGUCUCUCUCUGCAUCUCAACAGUCAAAGAAGCUCUGGACACUCAGUCAGAGGAAGGCCCCAGCAACCAACCAGAGCUAGCCUCUGUGCAGAAUGUCACUCCUGACCAACCAGAGCCCGAGAGCACGCAGGAAGAUGUAGCUUGUGACCAAUCUGAGGUUGUUUCAGAGCCCACUGUUUGCCCAUAGGAGCACUCUGAGAGCUGUGAAUCACCAUCCAACACACAACAGUUGACCAAUGACGAACAGCAUCGAGAUGCCUUCAGCCAAUCGGUGUUGGCCACAGAAGAGCCCAACCAAUUAGAGCACCAGGACAGAAAAGAGGCUUUAGAGGCCUACAAUACCAGCCUACCCAUCUCAUCAUGGCUCACAGUCUCCUCAAGGCUUCCCCUCUCACCCUCACUGCCCCACUACCAUGGAGCAGAGUCCUAUCCAGUCAGGAGCCCUGAUUUCAGCUUCACCCUCUCCCCCACCCCAGCCAGGCCAAGAUUUACUGAGGCCAGCCAAUCUCCCCUCUCCUCCCCCUGCUUGGUGCCCCCCUCCUCUCCUCCUGCUGUCCAGGUCUCCCUCAGCUUCCCAGCUGAUGCCGAUGUACCAGGGACUGUGACUCCAGAUACUUCCAUCACAGAGGGGUCUUCCGGGGUUGGACUUUGAGCGCUACCUCCAACCUGCAGUGAGGUGUAGCCUGUCACAACGGGAGCCAGCUGUUGCAGAGAUGCUGUCGCCCAUGUUGAUAGACGUAGAAAUGGAGAGUCCGUUGGCUCCGUCUGAAGAGACCCCUCAGGAGGAAGUGUCGACUCCCACAGCAUCUCCCAGUUUCACACAAAUGUUCAUCCUACGGAUCACACAGCCAGUUGAGUCAGACCUGUUGCUGUUCACCACUGAUCAGAUGGACAGAGUGAGAUAGUCAAUGUGCACCAGUGACCUCAUGUCGUUCACACCUCCCUCUGACAGAACGAGCAACUGAUGAGACUGAUUUGCAUAACUGCUGUUGUAUAUUUUGCUACAUUAGUUUAUAGUUUCAAAAAAAAAAUCUUUUUUAUAUGCAUUGUUUUAUUUUAAACUUAUAAUUGUCAGAAUAGUUUUUUUGUAACUUUCCUUAAACUCUUGUGCUAUCUGUACUAUUUUAUUAUUUCAUACCAAAAAGACACCAGGUAGUGUUAACUAUUAACCACAUUCUAUAUGGAGCCCAGGUGUUCUAUACAAAAUCAACUUUGUUGCUAUAUUGAAUAUACUUGUGUAAAUACCAACAGA